GACCAUUUUUUAUGGCCGUCAAAAUACGAUCGUUGCAAUAUGACCAUUGUUUCGUCACUACAUCAAUUAUUUCACAUUUAAAUUUAAUAGAUACACCAACAACCAAUCACAAGCUGGAUUUCUAUUUGACGCCCUAAGAAUUUAAAUUGAUCGCCCUAAUCUGUACUGCACAGACUAUUUUGCCCAUUAACAAAAAUACCUAACAAAAAUUAACCUGCCCAAAAUUGACGUGGUCGAUCCCCUUUCCCCAUCUUUCUCCCUUGGCCAAAAUCCACCGCCGCCCUGAUUUGCCGACCGGGCUGCUCUUGACUAAGCCCACCGACCAACCUCUAAUUCUGAUUUGUCGGCGCCCACCUAGCAAACCGAGGCGAGAAGAACGAAGGCCAUGGCGAGAAGGAAGAAUGACGGUUGCCGUCGACCUCCCGCCUACCUCUGCUACACUACCUGCUUUGUCGCUGCCCAGCUCCGUCGAAAAAAGGAAAUAGAAGAGAAUAGCCGCCGUAAUUUUUUUGAUGGGUAUUACUCGUAUGGCGGGUUGAAAUCCGGUCUCCGGCGUGGUUGGGACGAGUUCAAGACCUGUCCCGACACCACCGGCUACGAGAUUUCAACCCGUCUGACGGGCAGGACAAUGGGACAAGACACGACGUUCGGUGAAGGGUAGGAGCGGGUAGAGAGCACGUCCGGCGGAGGAGUAGCAACAGCGGUGGGGAGCAGAGUCUUCGGCAACGGUUGGGCAAUGGAUUUGCAGGGAGCACCGGCUGUGGGUUUGCAGAUGGUGGCGGUUGCCGGUCGGGGGUGAUGGAGGACGACCCGUUUUACUGGCAAGGCCUCCACAAUCUUCAUAUUCAAAAUCGGUCACCUCCUCGAUUUAGCGAAGGUAAGAUGGCAGGGGCAGUAGGGUCAUUUCUCGUGAGGUUAGGGCGAUAAAUUUAAAUUAUUAGG